CACCUAUUUUAAAUCCGGACUCAUCAUCACCCACAGGCCAUACCCACAAACCAAUUUGCUGUGGUUUCCGAAUGGGCGGAAUGAGAGACAAAAGGGUAGUCUGGUAAUUUAGACAGUAAACCCUUUGCCUGUUAUAAACCCUAAUAGGCUAGUAUCAUCUUCAAAAAUUGCGUCAUUCUCUGAAAUUGGUAACGACACAAACACAAUCCAAGUAAAAGAAAUGGCGAAGCGUCUAAUUCCUUGCCUGAACAGGGUGUUGAUCGAGAAGAUAAUACCACCUUCAAAGACCUCUGCCGGGAUUCUACUCCCUGAGUCCACUUCUAAGCUGAACUCCGGAAAAGUGGUUGCUGUGGGUCCUGGGCACCAUGACAGAGAGGGAAAACUGAUCCCAGUUAGUGUGAAGGAGGGUGACACUGUUCUAUUACCUGAAUAUGGAGGGACUGAAGUAAAACUGGACGACAAAGAGUACCAUCUGUUCCGAGAUGACGAUAUACUGGGGACACUGCACGAAUGAUUUAUGCUCAAGAGUUUCAAUGCACAACUACUACCACGACGAGGGCCAUAUAGUUGUCAAAAGAGGGAGCCAUUUAGAUUAUAAACCCAUUAUAAUUUUUGUCAGUUUUUCUUUUUCUUUUUUCUAAUCUCUUUUAAAAAGCUUUAAAGCUCUGAAAUUAGAUGUAAGAGGGUUUGAACCAGUUUCAUGAAUAAAUACUUGGCUCUUAUUGAACA